AAAAAAAAAAAAAAACUGCAUCUGACAACGUUAUUUAGGCUGUGUUCGUUUGUGUGAGAUAGGGUGAGAAAACACGUUUUCCGCGCACACUCCCCAAACUACUAAACGAUGCGUUUUUUUAAAAAUUUUCUAUAGUAAAAUAUAUGCGCUAAUGGCUUAUCUCAUUUUGCGUAUCUUCCCAAUCUUCUCAAUCCCCUAUCUCUCAAACUCACCCUUAGUUCCUGCUAUUAAGGAGUCAAGAUCUGCCGCGGAGAGAGGCACGGCUAACUCACUAUUUUUGUAUUCCAUUUCAUGCAUGCAGAGCGAGAGAGAGAGAGAGAGAGAGCCACAGCCAAUUUCAUAGGAUAGCUCUCUGUUCUUGCAUUGGUUUUGCUUCCCUCUGCGCCUUGGGUGAUAACAAGGAUCUCUUUCUAUUGCCCUGUGAUUCUUUCUUUCAUCGUCGUUUGAUAUUCCCCACACCACUCUUUUCUCUCUGUUCUUUUCUGUUUGGGUUUGAUCGCUUGCUCGUUGAGAACCUCUGCACGAUUCCCGUGUCACAAGCAGUUGAAUCAUGACUGCUCAGCCAAAGAAGAGGAGUGUAAUAGAAAGUGGAGAUGGAGGUCUUGGUCUUGGCCUUGCUUUAUUUAUCUCAAAUGGUGAAGAUUUGGGCCCUAUCAUUCGGCAUGGAUUUGAUUCUGGUAAACCUGAAGCUCUCAUGCAAAACCUCAGGAGUAUUGUAAAGAAAAAGGAAGUUGAGAUCGAAGAGCUUUGUAGACUUCAUUACGAGGAUUUCAUCCUGGCCGUCGAUGAACUACGUGGUGUGUUGGUUGAUGCUGAUGAGCUAAAGGGCAUGCUAACUGGUGAGAACAUACACCUGCAAAAGGUUUCUAGUGCCACAUUGUUGAAUCUUGAUGAGCUUUUUGAGUUAUAUUCGAUUAAGAAAAACAUAGGAGAAGCCAUAACAACGUUGAAGAUAUGUGUGAAAGUCAUCAGUUUAUGCAUGGCAUGCAAUGGUUAUAUUGCAGAAGCUAAGUUUCAUCCUGCGCUUAAGACUCUCGACACGAUCGAGAAGGGCUACUUGAAAAAUAUUCCUUUGAAACUUCUGAAGAAGGUAGUUGCAAAACAUAUACCAUUGAUAAAGAUGCACAUUGAGAAGAAAGUUUGCAGUGAGUUUAAUGAUUGGCUUGUUCAUAUCAGAAGGAUGGCUAAGCAGAUUGGACAGGUCUCAAUAAGUCAGGCCUCUAUGGCUCGACAAAAAGAUGAGGAAAUGCGUGCCCGGAAGAGAGAGGCUGAAGCACAUAGUGAUGCUAGAUCUGAUGAGCAUGUGUACACCUUGGAUGUGGAGAAUACAGAUGAGGAAUCAACACUAAAUUUUGAUCUCACGCCAGUGUACCGGGCACAUCACAUGCACAUAUGCCUUGGUAUUGGGGAGAAGUUUCGAGAUUAUUACUACAAGAAUAGGCUAAUGCAGCUCAACUUGGACAUGCAAAUCUCCACCUCUCAACCCUUCCUUGAGUCCCAUCAACCCUUACUUGCUCAGGUAGCUGGAUUUUUCAUUGUAGAACAACGUGUACUUCGAAGUGCUGAUGGUUUGUUGUCUGAAAGCCAAGUUGAAUCAACAUGGGAGACUGCUAUUGCUAAGAUCACAUCUAUACUGGAGGAUCAAUUUGCUCGCAUGAGUAUAGCCAGCCACCUCCUCCUCGUUAAAGAUUAUGUCACUUUGUUAGGCACAACUGUUAGUAAGUAUGGCUAUCAAAUCGCACAAUUGAUUCAAGUCAUUGCGAAAUACAAAGACAAAUACCACCAGUUGCUUCUUAUUGAGAGUCGAAAGCAGAUAGAUGAUAUCCUUGCUAAUGACUCAUAUGAGCAGAUGAUUAUAAAGAAGGAAUAUGAGUAUAACAUGAAUGUCACGGCAUUCCAUUUUGAACCUGAUGAUGUAGUCCCGGAGUUUCCAUAUGUGGCUCCAUUUUCCUCUGGUGUUCCAGAUAUUUGUCGUAUCGUCCGGUCCUUCAUUGGGGAUUCUGUCAGCUAUUUUUCUUACAGUGCUCGCACAAACAUCUAUGAAAUUGUGAAGGGUUACCUAGACAGGCUAUUGAUUGAGGUGUUAAAUGAUAGUCUUCUGAACAUGGUUUAUGCUCGCUCGUUAGCCAUGUCACAGAUGAUGCAACUUGCAGGAAAUAUUUCUGUUCUUGAGCAAUCCUGCGAUAUGUUCCUCUUGUAUUCUGCUCAACUGUGUGGCAUUCCAAAGCGUAUUGCGCAGAGAUCUCAUUCCGGUUUGACUGCAAAAGCUGUCUUAAAAGCCUCCCAGAAUGCAGCAUAUAACUCUUUGAUAAAUUUGGCCAAUUUCAAGAUUGAUGAAUUUAUGGUGCUCUUGGACGAUGUCAACUGGAUAGUGGAGGAAGCCCCAGAUAAUCCAAAUGAAUAUAUGAAUGAGGUCCUUAUCUAUCUUGAAACGCUAGUAUCAACAGCGCAGGAGAUUUUACCGCUAGAAGCUCUAUACAAGAUGGUUUCUGGUGCAAUGAGCCACAUCUCGGACUCUAUCAUGACAACACUUCUUAACGAAGGCGUGAAAAGGUUCACUGUCAAUGCAGUUAUGGGCCUUGACAUUGACUUGAAAUUACUGGAGGCAUUCGCGGAAGAGAAAUUUUAUAGGACCGGUUUGGUGGAUUUGGGUAAGGAAACAACAUUCGCCGAUUGUUUGGUUGAAAUAAGGCAGCUAGUCAAUCUCCUCCUUAGCAGCCAGCCAGAGAAUUUCAUGAAUCCAGUGAUAAGGGGGAGGAACUAUGGGUCAUUAGACUACAAGAAGGUUGCCAUCGUUUGUGACAAGUACAAGGAUUUUGCAGAUGGGUUGUUUGGAAGCCUUUCAAACCGCAACAAGCAGGAUGCUCGCAAGAGGUCCAUGGAUGUUCUGAAGAGAAGGCUGAAGGAUUUUAGCUGAUUAAGGUUAGGAAUGUUUGCCUUUGUAAAUAAAUUGUCAUUGCGCUGCUGAAAAUGUCCUUUGGAAACUGCCAGUGUCAGACCUUCCACCUCAAUUUCUAAACAGACAUAUGAAUAGGUCAAGUUUUUAAUCUUCAGUCUUGAUUAGUACUAUAGUUUGAAUUGCUAUUUUCCAGUCGUGUUCUUCUUCUGGUCGAACACCUACAGCACAGGUGUCAAUAACAGGUUUUAUAUGCCACCGUCAAUCUUUUUAAAUUUGAUAACCUGACUUGAUAUUUUCUUCUUUU